UGCAACUUUCUGUUCGUAAUCAGCACAGCCUUCCAACUGGUCUUCGCGUUUCUCAAUUCGUUCAAUUGUGUAAUCAAAGCGGAGGAGCCUUUGGGCGUGAUCUUCAGUUUUGGACCAUCGCACGUUAAAGGAGAGAUUAAAUCUAGGAGAAAAGACUUCGCACACUUCAACAUAAUACACACUGUCCACGAAGCUCUUGGCUGGUUACUCCCCCUCGACUUCUUCGGACAUUUUGCCUUUCCCUUACUGACCUUAACCACCUCCCUCCCGAGUCCCGCAAUGCCGCUGUGGUCCGAUAUUCACUUCUGGAGGCCGCCCGAGGAUCCGGAGCGGUCGCCGUUCCCAUACACAUCCGUCUUCAUUGUUACCAUCACCGAGCACGUUCCUCCUCGGCCGUUCGGCCUGCCGUCGGUGUACCCUUUCAUUGAGCCGCCCUACGACACGUCUGAUGAGCAUCUCAAAACCUUCACGCAGACCGAGCUCGUCGUCAGCUGUCCACCUCUGGAAGCCGAUGAUGACACGGAUAGCGCCGUUCCCAAGAAGCCAGCAGAGGCAACGCUCAAAGUGGAGCGGCCCAUCGCGGUGGAAGACGGCCGGGGUCCACAGCUAGUCGCCUGCACUGUCACGCCGCAAAAGACGGCGUCUGCAUGCGCGACCUCUGCUAUCUAGAGUCGGCGGCUCUGGG